GAAUCAAUCACACACACAGGGCAGUCUUCACAGGGAGACAGAUAAGACAUGAUGAAGGAUUUCUCUCUGUCCCUGCUUAGUCGUGGGUGUGGGCGAUUAGUCUCGUCAAACGGAAACACAGGGAGGCAUGAUGGUCGGCUGGACGUCUGCUUCACACCACAGGAUUACUUUAUCUGGAAGUCCCGGGACUCUCUUCUGCGGUUGUCCAACAGCGGCCGCCAGAUUGUGAAUGAAGAGUCAGCCCUUCCAAAGACUUACAGCACCCGUCGGGGCCAACUUCAACUCUAUUCCCAGGACUUGGUUACCAUCGAAACCAGCGCAGUGACCAGAGAUGGAAAGCAGAAAGUUGUACGGCGAUACACUCAACAAGACAAGUCGCAGUUGAGCACCCUCAAGGAAUUAACUGCAGCCAUUUUGAGUUACAGCAACAGCCAGUACACCUCCUCCAGACUCGGUCCACUUUUCCUUCCUCCUCUUCAUCAUCGCCCUCUUGCUCCAGACCUUCAUCAUCCCAUUCCUCCGCCUCUUUGCACGAUACAAGUGCAGCCAAGUCAAGAGUUGCUUGGACAUUUGAACCCUGAGUGGCUUCCUGCCGAGGGAAUAACUGAAUUCCUGGGGAACCAACCUGAAGUUAAAGAGGAGGGGCAAGGUAUCAAAAAAACGGUCCGGUUGGAUCUGUUCCUCCAGAUACCCUGCAGAGACAAGACUUCACAGGUGCAACCCCAGGCCUGGGUUAACGUUUCAGCCAUGACCCCCGAAGAACUAGAAGAACCUCAGACUUAUCUAGACAUGAGUCGGCAGCAUGCUGGAAGUUCACAGCACAGUACAGGAGGGGAGCACCAUCAUUCAAACAUGAACUGGCUCCAUGAUAUGGCAGAUGAUCCAGGCUCCAUUCAAGACAGUCUCAAGACUCAUGAUGAACGCAACUAUGAAAGAUCGAUAAGGGGGAGCAGACAUGGCAGGAUAGGCCUGCUUCCUCCUCUGACAGUGGGACAAUCAGCUAGCCAUCGACCCUGCUUGGAGAACACCGCCAGGCCGAAAUGGGAGGGCGCCAGGACUGAUGAACACCACACUGCACACUGCCUUCCUCCCAUAGCAGAAAGUCGCACCGUGAAAAUACUCCAUCAGCAGCCUCGGUUCCUCCCGCUGCUGUUUCCUGAAAAGGAGGGUAACAAAGACACAUUCUGUUUCUCAUCUGGACCAUAUAUCUAGUUUAAAACAUAUCCAGGCCUUGGAA